UCAAAUUCCAUCCUUAUCUAUUUUUUGUUCAUCUUCUUCCUCACAAUUGCUCUCGAUUUCUGCAACAAGCGAUGGAAUCAUCCCUUCUCCGUUCUGCUUCAUCUCCUUUACUUCUCGAAUCCACGGAUCUUCUUCGCCGGAUCGGAUCCGUUUCCUCUCCGAGAUUUCCUUCUACCGUUGUUCGUUGUUCUUCCAGAAGCCAUGCUUCUAUUCCGAAGCUCGAGCCGUUUAGUCGCACGAAGCUUGAUCGCGCCAUCAAAGAUCCGCCUCUGGUUGAGAAGUCCGAGAACGAGCUUGCAGAUUACUGCUCGACAUUGGAUGGAGACGAUUCAUAUAGCUGUUGGAAAGCGUAUUUCGAGCUCAAAGAUCUUGAAAAAGAGUCGCCUAAACAAGAAGUGGAGAAACUGAUUCUUCAAGCAGGAGGCGUGAAAUCGCUGAUCGGACUCUUACACGGCAUCGCGGGCAUACACAAGAGGAAGGAAAGCGAAAACGAGGCGAAGAAGCCAUUGAACCGCGUGGAAAGAAGAGUGAGAGAUUGUCCAAUACCAGAUGGAUUGCCGAAAUCCGCAGAGGAAAUUGAAGAAGAAGAAGGAGCGAGAAUGCCGGAUUCACCAUUUACGAGAUUGCUGAGGAGCAAAGGUACAUUCCCUGCCUGGUACACCCCUGCACCCGAUCACGAAACAGAUUGAACAAAAAUACAUGAUCUGUUCUAUGAAAAUCAGUAAUGGUUUUGGCAGAUCGAAUAGCGUAGUAAAAAUUUGUUAUAUAAAAUUAGUGAUUAGGAGACAUCCUUCAGUAUAUGUGAUUUGAUGUGUGUUCUGUUUGAUUGUAUAUUUUACCUAGAAAUGUCUGCUGAAGAAUAUGAUUGAACAGAAUGUUUGAAUCUCAUUCCUGAACAUUUCUUCAAUAAAUACCUAAAUUUUGCUAAUA